AGUUUGCUACAAGAAACUGAAAGAGGGGGAAAAUUAGCACAAACGAGCAAAGAAUGGGAAAUAAACAGAUUUUCGUGUGAAUUUUACAGUCCAAUAAUACAUAGUGGCACAGUUCGUUUCGGUCGUGCCGAGUGAUGAAUUUCCUGCUGAUGUGGUGUUCGGUGACGAGCUAAAGUGACGACGAACAGAGUUAAAAAAUCGAGUAUCUGAAAAGGGAUUCUGUGUGCGUCCGAUUCAGCGGCUGGUUGUGAGAAAGUUCAUCUGUUGGCCCUGUAAAGCAGCGAUCUCGCGAGGAAACUUGAAUGCAACCGAUCACGGCAAGAGAUGAACCUUAUUUUUUUGUUAUUCACCAGAUAGUGUUGAGGGUAUGAGAGACUUGGGAAAUAAUUAAAACAAAUACAGUGUGCAAAGUAAACGAAGGUAUACUGAAAAGUGUCAGACAUUUGGCACUGGGUGCAGUGUGUUACAACAUAAAAACAUCGUCGGAAAAUUGGUCGGUCCCAUUCGUCCGACCAUGGGAACGAAGAUCGAGUACGUCGACUCGAGUCACAUGUACGCGACCAACUACAUCAGGAACUCGAAGGCGAUCGCGGUGCUUUGGGCGAUCUUCAGCAUUUGCUAUGCCAUCAUCAGUGUUGUCGCGUUCGUCACGCCUGAAUGGGUCGGUGACUCGGAUUCGGACGCCGGUGGACGGCUUGGCCUGUGGCAGGUCUGCCAGAAGGACGACCUGCGUGACAGUUGCAGCGGGAAAUUGGAAGAUCUUCUCGCGAUGCAGUCUAUCGCUUUCCAGGUGGCCACGGUAUUCUGCGGUUUGGCGGUUGCCACAUCGGUGCUCGCAAUCUGCCUGCUUCUGCUGAUGGUGUUUAUGAAAUCAACCACAGUCUUCCACAUCUGCGGUUGGAUGCAAAUGCUUUCCGCUCUUUGCAUGGUGAUUGCGUGCGUAUCUUUUCCGUUUGGUUGGAAUUCGGAUGAGUUUAGAAAAAUCUGCGGACCAGAAUCGAACCGAUUCGAAGUUGGUCUCUGCGGGUUGCGAUGGGCAUAUCCGUUGGCAAUAAUCGCCUGCAUUGAUGGGUUCAUCCUAGCCACCUUGUCGUUUAUCCUAGCAACCCGACAUGUACGACUGCAACCAGAACCGCAGUACCAGAGCAGCAUGUACAAAGGUGAAAUCAACAACGCCUACGUUACGGAUGCUGUUAGUGUUGCCGGCUCACGUAAGUCGUUGAACCUGCAGCCGGUACUACUGGUUGCACCACCUCAUCAUCACAUGAUGACCGGCAACGACACACUGUCCAGUCGGGCGGCUAGCCGUUACGGGGUCCCGCGGUCGGACUAUCACAGCUCGCUGCAUCAGUUCCAGCUGUAAAGUGUAUCAAUUUCUAUUUAAAUUGGUUAGGUUGACUUCGCGUUUUGUCACACCGGCCUAGUUUUGAUGUAUAGAGGAUAAAACUAGACUGCGUUCGCUGGCAUACCGUUGCGAGGUAUUUAGUCGUGUUCGUUGAAGAAAUUUCGCAUAGGUAUAUCAUUCCUACUGAUAUUUAAUCUGUAUUUAAUUGUACUUCAGCUCAAGUUCAACCAGAAAGUCCAGCAGUAACACGCAAAGCCACCCCUGGAACGAAACUAAAAAAAAACAACUUAUCGUUAGCGAAGGCAACAAUUCCUAUCAAAGACACGAACCAACUCGAUUGUUUUCAAGUCGGCCUAACCGCUUGCUACGACGACCGUGUUGGCAGUUAGUAACAAAUUAAUGCAUUUUAAUUUAUUUUCUUUGUUUUGAAAAUAAAAUUUUAUAUUUUAUUGUAAGUAGGAUAGUCAUCAAUGCACGUAUAUUCUACCGGACACUUUUCACUUCGAUCGAAAGAACUGCAAAACAUUUUAUACUUUAAUGUGUUAUUUUGAAUUUUAUUGUAGCGUAGGUAUUCAAGCAAGAAAUAUACGAAGUAGGAAGCGUUA